CAAUAUUUUGGUGGAAAUAGUACAGAGCACAAAAAAAGAAAAAAGAAAAAGAAAUCUUCUCUCUGAAAACUGUAGAGAUGGCUCAGUAGGAGGGAAGUCUCUGCGAAAUGGAUUUGAGUCACUCUCCCUGACCUGUUCUCUCUCUCUCUCUCUCUCUCUCUCUCUCUCUCUCUCUCUCUUUUAUAUCCGAUGAGAUAAAUUCCUCUGCUCACCUCUUCCUUCCCACAAAUCCUUUCCUCUUCUCCCAUAAAUAUCAUCAUCAAAUUUCAACUAUUCUUUGUGUAGCCGAUUUCCUCUGAAUUCCCUUUUCUCCAAAAAUAAAUUUUCUCGGGAAAACUCCACACGGGUUGCUAUCGAAUUUGGGUUACAACAUCUCAGAGGUCAAGUUUGGUAUUGAAGCUCUUCAAGCGUUGAAUUUCAAGAAAAACCCAGGUUCUGUUUUCUUGAUUUCUUCUUGUUUUGGUUAAAAAAUACAGAAUUUCGAUCAUAUGUGGGUUACCCAUAUCGCUUAAAGAUCGAAACUUUCUUGAUUGAGGCUUUGAUUCGUGAGGAAUUGAAGCUUGGGAUUGCUCUACUUUUGGAUUACAUUUGACCCUUGAAGUAUUUGGAAAGUUGGGAAUUUUGAAUAUUUAAUUUAUGGGAAACUGUUGUGUUGCACCAUCUGUUCAAUCACCAAAAAGGGGGAAACAAAAACAAAACCCAUUUGCUAUUGAUUUUGCUUCAAACCCUAUAUAUAUAAAUGGUGGUGGAAACAAGAGCUAUGUGUUGGAAAACCCAACAGGCAAUAAAAUUGAGGAGAGAUAUGAGUUGGGUCGCGAGCUCGGCCGCGGUGAGUUUGGGGUUACGUACUUGUGUACUGAUAAGAUUUCAGGAGAAGUGUUUGCUUGUAAGUCCAUAUCUAAGAACAAGCUGAGGACUAGAGUUGAUAUUGAGGAUGUUAGGAGAGAGGUUGAGAUCAUGAAGCGGUUGCCGCCGCAUCCCAAUAUUGUUAGCUUGAAAGAUACUUAUGAGGAUGACACUGCAGUCCACUUGGUGAUGGAGUUGUGUGAAGGAGGUGAAUUGUUUGAUCGGAUUGUCGCGAGGGGGCAUUACACCGAAAGGGCAGCUGCAGUUGUCACUAAGACAAUUGUUGAAGUCAUUGUGAUGUGCCACAAGCAUGGGGUUAUGCAUCGGGAUCUCAAACCGGAGAACUUUUUGUUCGCAAACAAGAAAGAAACAGCGCCCUUGAAGGCAAUUGAUUUUGGGCUCUCAGUGUUCUUUAAACCUGGUGAGACAUUUAAUGAGAUUGUGGGAAGUCCUUACUACAUGGCUCCUGAGGUUCUAAAACGGAGCUAUGGUCCAGAGAUAGAUGUCUGGAGUGCUGGAGUAAUCCUGUACAUCUUACUAUGUGGUGUCCCACCUUUUUGGGCAGAGACUGAACAAGGCGUUGCCCAAGCAAUUAUUCGAUCUGUUGUAGAUUUUAAGCGGGACCCUUGGCCCAAAGUGUCGGACAAUGCAAAAGAUCUUGUAAAGAAGAUGCUUAACCCUGAUCCUAAGCGUAGGCUUACCGCUCAGCAAGUGCUAGAACAUACGUGGCUACAAAAUGCCAAGAAGGCUCCAAAUGUUCCGUUGGGUGAAACUGUGAGAGCAAGGCUCAAGCAAUUUGCCGUGAUGAACAAGCUCAAGAAAAGAGCUCUAAAGGUAAUUGCUGAUCAUUUGUCAGCGGAGGAUGCGGCUGGAUUAAAGCAGGGGUUCCAAGUGAUGGAUAUCAACAACAAAGGGAAGAUCAACAUUGAUGAGCUUAGAAUUGGGUUGCUAAAGCUGGGGCAUCAGAUUCCCGAUUCAGAUCUCCAGACUCUCAUGGAAGCUGGCGAUGUGGACAAGGAUGGACAUUUGAACUACGGGGAGUUCAUAGCUAUUUCUGUUCACCUCAGAAAGAUGGGUAAUGAAGAUCACCUUCACAAAGCGUUUGAAUUCUUUGAUCAAAAUCAAAGUGGGUAUAUAGAGAUUGAAGAACUAAGGGAUGCCUUAGCUGAUGGAGAUGAGAGUCAUGAGACCAACAAUGAAGAAGUCAUUAAUGCCAUCAUGCAGGAUGUCGAUACUGACAAGGACGGACGUAUAAGUUAUGAGGAGUUUGCAUCAAUGAUGAAAGCCGGCACGGAUUGGAGAAAAGCUUCAAGGCAGUAUUCAAGAGAGCGGUACAACAGUCUCAGCUUACAUUUGAUGAGAGACGGAUCGUUGAAGUCGAGCAGCGGUGGUAGAUAACUCGUGGAAAACUGAAUUUUCUUGCCCAAAGACGAAUACUAAACGACAAAUCUCUUGAUUUCUUGUGCUGCCAUUUUGCUUAUCUUUUUCGAUUUCUUUCCUGGUUCAUUUUCCUUGAAAUCUUUUCAAGACCCUGUUUACAGGAUAAUUAGGAUCCAGGCCUCGAGUGUUUAUCGUAUUUCCUGUGUGCAAUAUGUAAGUUAUAAUCGGGCAUGUACGAAGAGUUGCAGUAGAAGUGUGAAUUUGUGAUGAAGAUGGAGCUGGGAGCUGGUUGUGUUACGUUAUUGUAAAUGGAGUAUGUUGCAUAUACCUUCACAAAGUAGUCAAAGAAAGGCUUUUGUUUCUUGAA